AUGGACGCGGCCAAGGACAGCGCGUACAGCAAGGCGCUGCGCCGCGGCCGCCACCCGCGGUCCUUUAACCGCAGUGACACGUUUCAAAUGUGGUCGACCGUGAAGCACUCGUCGUCCCGCGUCUCGAGCGUCAAGACGGGCCAGGGCCUCGGCAACAUCGUCGCCAAAGAGAUCGAGGCGCUGCAGAGCACGAGCCCAACGUCCGAGAAGGCGGCGCGCAUGACGCUGAAAGACGUCAAGUCGACACCAAACCUCCUGAGCCCAAAGGAGCGGCGAAGCGAGAAGCGACCGGCCAAGAAGAAGCACAGCACGCACGAAGAUGUCAUCAAGCGGCUGCAGGCGCUGGGGUCGGGCAGCGCGAUCGCAACGACCCCGACGACCAACAGCAACAGCAACAGCAACAACAGCAAUAACAACAACAACAACAACAACGUGUCGGCCACAAUGGCGGCCAUGGACGUCGAUACGACCAAGCUGCGCCAAGACUUUAGCUCUCAGAAAGACGCGCGCGUCUACUAUGGCUCGACGGCGGCUCUGGAACUCUUCAACGGCGACAUGCUCAUGGUAUCGGUGACCGACGGAUCCGCGUGCGUCCAGCCGCUCGAGCGCCUCAAGAACCAGCCCAAGAGCUCCCGGGACAAGCUCCUCUUCACGCUCAUCAACAUGAACGAGCUCCGCAGCGCCAACCCGAUUCGGUUUGGCGACAGCGUCUGGCUUCAAAUCAGCGUCGGCACGGGCGAGACCUCGUGGGAACAAGGCAAGUGCGGCGUCUUGGGCGCCAAAGUCCGAAAAGCGCCGGACCUUCAGACGCUUUCGCUCACGCAUGCCGAGAAAGGGGCAACGGACGUGUCGCCGGAAGGCGCGCCAGACGAAGUGCUGCUCAACGUCGGGUAUCCCGUGCCUGUCCGCGCCUACUUGCCCAAGACGCGCGACGACUCGACCGACUCGCAGAUCGACGACAUGCAAGCGCGGCUACGCAACAAGACGUCGCGCAUGGUUGGUCGCUGGAUCGUGCGGUCCGCCGUCGUUCGACCCAAAGGCAAAGAUGACUAUGUCAACAGCGACGACGAAAUCUACUUGGAGCAAGACUGGUUCUACAUCGGCGCCGACCUCGAAGCGACCGAGAGGAGCCAGAGUGCCGUUUUGCGCCAGCUGCCGCCGACCAAAACCACCAAAGUCGGCGAAUAUGUUGUCGAGCGUCGCGCCGCGUGGAAAAUACGGCUUGUCGACUCGUCCAAAGGCGGCCUCGGGCUCAGCCUCGUGCAGCAGCAAAUGGAGCGACUGCUAUUCAAGGCCAAGACACAGCUCAAAGCGUCGGAGAAGAUGCGCGACGGGCAGCUGCGGCACUAUGGGCCUGACUUGAACGGCGGCCAAGGCUUCCCCAAGCAGCUGCGCCGCCACAUCCAGCACGUGACGGACGAAUGCGACGUCGAGUACUUUGCCCAUCAAAACGACCGGCUGCGUCAACUGGACGUGUAUUUUCAAGACAAGAUGGCGGCCAUGGACAAGACGGACCGCAAGCGCGCACCGCUGUCGCCGCUUGCAUCGAGCCUCCGGUUUUCGACGUCUGUGCCCAACCUCAGCUCGUGCAAAGACUCGAUCGGGCUCCACGCGCCUGCGACCGAGUCGACCGUGCCGCCGUCCACCGAGAAAAUCUGCAACCUGUGCGUCGCGUACGCCCGUGUCGGGUUUGACUUGUGCACGCACAACCACGAAGUCGCGCACUGCGUUGCGCUCGGGGCGCCGCUGCCGACCAAGUCCAACGAACCGUCGUCGGCCGAGAUUCUCAAAGUCCGUCUUUCGGAGCGACACAUGAGCACGUCGGAUGGCGCGCUGCGUGCCGUCAAGGCCGCCGAGGCCGCCGAGCUGCGCGAACGCGGCCGCAUCAUGCGACUACUUUCGGAGCAAGACGACCGCCUCGUCAAUGUGAUCAAGUACACGGAGCAGCGCGCGCACCUCGCGGCUAUUGCGACGUACUCGACCGACAACGAAGAAGACGCGCCGUCGUACUUUUCGACCAAGCGGUCGCGCGUCCGGCGGCGUCUCACGUCCAUUCUCGGCGACACGGGACCGCGGCGCAAGUCGACGCUCAAGUCGACGGUGCUGGCCGAUACGGUGCGGUCCCACGAGGAGGAAGACGGCGAGGACGACGACGACUCGACCGGCGGCGACGACAACACCGAUGACGACGACGAUGACGACGAUGCGCUCUCGGACAACGACAACGACGACAACGACGACGAAGAGAAUGGUGACGACGACGACGACGAUUUCAUCACGGAAGCCGAGAUCCAGACGCUCAACUACAUCAACGUCGAGAAGGCCACAGCGCUGUACGCCAACGACGAAAAGGCGAUGCGCGAGAUGCUCUAUGGCUUUGCCGACCUCGCCGAACACCGGCUCGUACCCCAGCUCCGCGAUGCGCUAGCGGCGAAGCACAAGGCGUGCUUGCUCGAGACCUCGGACUUUUUGGCGCGGGCGGCCGAGUUUGUCAUGGCGCGCCGAAUACAAGUGCACGUCAUGAGCUUGAUUCAAAGCGUUGCGACAAGCAACGUCGACGACUUUUCAAGCAUCGCGCCGGCCGUCGAACAGCUCUUGCGCGAGGUCGAUGGCACGAUCCGCUUCAUCCGCGCCUACAAGCUCAACGGAAAAGCUACCGAAGCCAUGUAGCGUCAUCUAUCCUUGUCUAAGAAUGCAUGCAC